AUGAAAAAGAAAGAAGAAAAGAGUGAAGAAGGGAUAGUAAGGUUUUUAGAUGCGGCCACUGUCUCCGGCGUGUAUUCGGUCAAGACGGGUUAUGCAGUGCUAAUACAACAGCUCCCAGCUCAAACAGCCGACCCCUUUUGGAAAACUCUUUGGUCCCUUCCUCUACAGCCGAAAUGGAAACUAUUCUUAUGGAAGUUACUUCAUAAUGGUUUAGCGAUCAAGUCUGAACUUCAUCGUCAGGGGGUUCCGAUACAAGAUGUGUCAUGUGAUCUUUGCGGUGCUCAGACUGAGGACUUCAACCAUCUGUUUCGGGAGUGCAGAAUUGCAAGAGCAGCUUGGAGGGGUGGAUGUUUGAACAUCCACUCACAACUUCAUGGAUACCAUUCUAUUUCAGAUUGGAUCCAAUAUUAUAUCCGACUUCUCAUUAGUCAGGACGGAAUUUCAAGUUCCAAUAUUAGUACCUUCGUUGGUACUUUAUGGGCUCUGUGGUUAUUCAGGAAUAACAGGGUUUUCAAUCCUGAUACGCCAGUUAUACAGCCAGUUGGGUUGUACAUUUUUAGCAUUUUGCAAACCCAUAUUGUCUUUAUGGAUACGGAUACUACUACGACAAUUUCCCCGUCUUCUACUAUUCAGGAGGGUUUGCCCCCGCCUGGGUUUCAUGUGGCCCAUUUAGGGAUCUCUCGUACAGGUACCCUCUUCGUUCAGCUUCAGAUUGAUGGAGCUUGGUACAAGGACACUCGGCAUGCAGGAAUAGGGUGGUGUGUUGAUAAUGCAAAUCCGCUGGAUGAUAGGAUUAUUGGUGGGAGUAAUUUUGGACUUUGUACUUCCGCUCUUCAUUCGGAAGCCUUGGCUUUUUUGUAUGCCCUCCAAUGGGCUUCAGACUGUCACAUUCAUUCGGCUCGACUUUUUUCGGAUUCUUAUAAUCUAGUGACCCUCCUACGAGGCGAUGGCCGGGGGGAUAUUGGGAUUCUUUGGCUAGUACAACAAAUACAGUGUUUGGGCUCCACCUUCCAACAUUGCGAGAUUUACAAGGCUGACAGGAAUCGUGUUCACCGGGCCCACCAAAUUGCAGGAGAAGCUGCUGUCCUUUUUAUUCGCUUUAAUAGUACUAUGUUGUAG